UCAUAAAUAUUUAUAUAUUAAGAUGGCCGAAAGUGGAGUUAAGGGUUUUGAAUCGGGUAAGAAGAAGGGAAGAUGUUGGGAUUUGAUAUUGAGGACGACGGCGCUUGCCUUUACUCUGACGGCGGCGGUGUUGCUCGGCGUGAACAAGCAGACAAAGUUGAUUACAGCGCAGCCCUUUCCCACCCUCCCUCCCAUGACCGUUCCUCUCACCGCAAAAUGGCACUAUCUCUCCGCCUUCAUAUUCUUUGUGGUGGCGAAUUCCAUAGCAAGUGGGUAUGCUGCGAUUUCCUUGAUCCCAUCUUUCCUUGCGAAGAAACGUCCAUCAAUGGCUGUGAUUGUUCUUGAUCUCUUGAUGGUGGGUCUUCUCUUCUCAUCCAUUGGAGCUGCCGGGGCAAUUGGAAUAAUAGGUCAAAAAGGAAACGACCACGUUAAAUGGAACAAAGUUUGCAAUGUUUUCGAUAAAUUCUGUCACCAGGUCAUUGCAGCUAUCGCGCUAUCGUUUAUCGGUUCGCUUGCCUUCUUUCUACUUGUUGUACUCGCAGCUCACAAUCUCCACAAGAAAUCCCACUAGUUAGAGUUGAAAAUUUAGUCUUUUGUUGUUUACAAAAAAAAACAUUAUUAUGGUGUGUAAUGUAUGACUAAAUUAUGUAAUAUCUUCAAAGUUGGUGUGCAUGGUUCAGUUGAAUCUUCAAUUUCUUAAUGUUA